AUGCUUGACAAGAGACCUGGCCAGGAGCUCAGCUCCCUUUCAUGCGCACGCCCUCACCCAUUCAUUUGUACAGAGCCCUUGCUGGGUAGGGAUGCAUUCCGACACCUGUUUCUGACCCGCCCCGUUGUUCCCUGCAGGCUCUUUGUCCUGGGCAUCGGCUUCUUCUCACUGUGCUUCCUGAUGACGUCUUUGGGAGGCCAGCUCUCUGCGCGGCGCCCGGGGGACUCCCCCUUCACCAUCCGCACAGAAGUGCUGGGUGGGCCAGAGUCCCGUGGCGUCCUACGCAAGAUGAGCGACCUGUUGGAGCUGAUGGUGAAACGCAUGGACACACUGGCCAGACUGGAGAAUGGCAGCGAGCCGCACCGGGCUGCUGGCGACGGGCACCUUGCCGGGGACAGGUUUCCCCCUGGGGCCGGCCUCAUGGAGCGGAUCCAGGCCAUCGCCCAGAACGUCUCAGACAUUGCCGUGAAGGUGGACCAGAUCCUGCACCACAGCCUGCUGCUCCACAGCAAAGUGUCCGAAGGCCGGCGGGACCAGUGUGAGGCGCCUAGUGACCCCAAGUUCCCAGACUGCUCAGGGAAGGUGGAGUGGAUGCGCGCCCGCUGGACCUCGGACCCUUGCUACGCCUUCUUCGGGGUGGACGGCACCGAGUGCUCCUUCCUCAUCUACCUGAGUGAGGUCGAGUGGUUCUGUCCCCCACUGCCCUGGAGGAAUCAGACAGCCACCCAGACGGCCCCCAAGCCCCUCCCCAAGGUCCAGGCAGUUUUCCGGAGCAACCUGUCCCAUCUCCUGGAGCUGAUGGGCAGUGGGAAGGAGUCUCUAAUCUUCAUGAAGAAACGGACCAAGCGGCUCACGGCCCAGUGGGCACUGGCUGCCCAGCGGCUGGCGCAGAAGCUGGGAAGCGUCUGGAGGGACCAGAAGCAGAUCCUCGUUCACAUUGGCUUCCUGACGGAGGAGUCUGGUGACGUGUUCAGCCCAAGGGUGCUGAAGGGCGGGCCCCUGGGGGAGAUGGUGCAGUGGGCAGACAUCUUGGCCACUCUCUAUGUCCUGGGCCAUGGCCUGCGGAUCACAGUGUCCCUGAAGGAGCUGCAGAGUAACUUAGGGGUGCCGCCAGGCCGGGGGAGCUGCCCGCUCACCACGCCCCUGCCUUUCGACCUCAUCUACACCGACUACCACGGCCUGCAGCAGAUGAAGCAGCACAUGGGCCUGUCUUUCAAGAAGUACCGAUGCCGAAUCCGGGUCAUCGACACCUUCGGGACAGAACCCGCGUACAACCAUGAGGAAUACGCCACGCUGCACGGCUACCGGACCAACUGGGGUUACUGGAACCUCAACCCCAAGCAGUUCAUGACCAUGUUCCACCGGGGGAGUUUCUGUGGACGGCUCUGCCUUCCACAGUUUGGGGGCGAGGCUCCCACAUUCACCCUCCUCUUCCAGGGGAAGGAGAAGUUCCUGGGCAUCCUGAGCAAGUACAUGGAGAUCCACGGCACUGUGUACUACGAGAGCCAGCGGCCCCCCGAGGUCCCGGCCUUUGUGAAGAACCACGGCCUCCUGCCGCAGCCCGAGUUCCAGCAGCUGCUGCGCAAGGCCAAGCUCUUCAUAGGGUUCGGCUUCCCCUACGAGGGCCCCGCCCCGCUGGAGGCCGUCGCCAACGGCUGCGUCUUCCUGCAGGCCCGCUUCAGCCCCCCCCACAGCUCCCUCAACCAUGAGUUCUUCCGGGGCAAGCCUACCUCCAGGGAGCUCUUCUCCCAGCACCCCUACGCAGAGAACUUCAUUGGCAAACCCCACGUGUGGACCGUCGACUACAACAGCUCGGAGGAGUUCGAAGCGGCCAUCAAGGCCAUCAUGAAAACCCAGGUAGAGCCCUACCUGCCCUACGAGUACAGCUGUGAAGGGAUGCUGGAGCGAAUCCACGCCUACAUCCAGCACCAAGACUUCUGUGCAGCCCCAGACCCUGCCCCGCCGGGGGCCCGAGCCCCACAGAGUCCCUUCAUCCUGGCCCCCAACGCCACCCACCUUGAGUGGGCCCAAAACGCCAGCUCGGCCCCCGGGGCCUGGCCCCCCGCACGCUCCCUCCGCGCCUGGCUGGCCACCGCUGGGAGGGCCUGCACCGACGCCUGCCUGGACCGUGGGCUGAUCUGUGAGCCCUCCUUCUUCCCCUUCCUCAACAGCCAGGACGCCUUCCAGAAGCUGCAGGUGCCCUGUGACAGCACCGAGUCGGAGAUGAACCACCUGUACCCGGCCUUCGCCCAGCCCGGCCGUGAGUGCUUCCUGCAGAAGGAGCCCCUGCUGUUCAGCUGCGCCGGCUCCAGCUCCAAGUACCACCGGCUCUGUCCCUGCCGAGACUUCCGCAAGGGCCAGGUGGCCCUGUGCCAGGACUGUCUGUGAGGGCGCCCGCCCUCCGGCCCUCCCUGCCGCAGGAGAAAGCACCAGCAGAUUCCGAGCUCCAGCGACCCGCCCUCCCCUGGACGUCCCCCAUCCCCAAGCUGGAGCUUCCUUCCUUGGCCAGGAAGUGGGCAGAGCAGACACCUGCACGGGGAGGGUGGGGGGCAACCUGCCCAGGUGCCAGGUGCCCACCCCAGGCAGGCUCCUUGUCCUCAGCGGGGGGCUCGAGACAGCGUGGUGGCCAAGCAGAGGGCCCUCCGGCAGGAGUAGGGGGUCAGGGCCCCUUGCUUUGUGCAGGGCCGAUGCUGGACCAGACGGAGAGCGGGCCCUGGUCCUUUUUAGGCCCAGGAUGGGGUCGUAGGAUGGACGGGGAGGGAUCAGGGGCCCUGCUUGCCGGUGACCCUCUGGAGGGUCCAGAGAGUGAUGUGUCUUGUCCCUCUGCGGUUGGUUGUCUGGGGUGUGGACCAGAGGGACACGGGACUUGAGGAAGGCCAGGCUGGGGUGGGGGGGUCCCUGUUCAUGCCUCCCGUAGGCCCCAUCCCACCUGCCUCGAAGCCCCCCUUCUAUACGUGGGGGCGCAGUGGGAGUGCGGGGCUGUCUGGACCCUGGGUUGACCUGCCUCCCUCUCCCGCUCGUUCCCACUCUCUCCAUGUCGGCUUCUCCCCGAACUCAUCUUGGCAUGACGGUGACCCCAGGCCGUGGACUCGUUCCCAGAGCCUCAGUCCCAGCAGGCUCCGGGACGCUACCCCCUAGCAUUGCUUGUAGGGGCGUCUGGUCCACUUCCUGGCCUCCCAGGCCCUCCAGCCCCCAGGCAGCCCCCCCCCUCCCCGCUCCCCCCAGUGCCGCGUGUCCCUGCCUCCAGCCUCCAACCGCCUCCGGACCCAAGCAUCAACUCUGUGUGUGGCAUGCCUGCCCCGGCCCCAGGACCCCCCGCCCCUCCUCCCCAGGCCCAGAGCCCUGCCUGAAUCAACGGGUCAGGCUCCAGAGACACUGCCACCCACCCCCGUUUUGUAACCCCCCUACCCCCAGCCGGGCCCGCCCUUCCACCCUGCCGGGGAGGCAGCCCAGGGCCCCGGGCGCCCACGUGGGGCCGAGGCGGGGGGCUUCCCACACGAGACCCCCUCUAGGCCUGGGCAGCCUCAGUGGCCGCAGGACCUCAGUGGUCACCAAGGACCUGACCCGUCGGGGGGAAGCAAUAGAGACACUCUUUUCUCUCUCUCUCUUUUUUAAAGAUUUAUUUCUUGAAAUAAUAAAUAUUUUAUUGGGAUGUGAGGUGCAGAGGA